ACGAUCUACUUUGUUUUAUUACUUUCCAAACCUACCUAUGGGCGUAUAGGUAAAAAAUUACCUUACAUCAAAAUGAUUUUACUGUUCGCAAUUGUUGUUUCUAUACUUUUAUUGUUUUUAUUGUAUUUACAAAAAAAGAAGGCGUAUUCAUAUUGGAAAAAUCAAGGAGUACCAUUCCCUGAAACAACUUUACUAUUUGGAAAUAUUGGAGAUGUAAUCUUGUUACGUACUACACUUUCCGAAUUCUUUGAACGUCUUUAUAGAACAUACGAAGAAUUUUCUUACGUCGGGUUUUACAACUUCCUGACACCGGCAGUAGUUAUUCGAGAUCCUGAAGUAAUAAGGGAGGUUCUUAUUGAGAAUUUUGAAAGUUUCCACGAUGUGUUUAUAAAAACUCCGGAUGAUGUUGCCAAAAUAAAUCCGUUUUUCGUCGAGGGUGAAAAUUGGAAAACGAUGAGAAAGGAAAUUGCUCCUCAAUUGUCAAGCUUAAAAGUUAGAGACAUGAAACCGCAUAUAGAAAUGGUUUGUCGGCGCAUGAUAAAAUAUAUCGACGCUUUAAAUGGUAACUGUGUAGAUGCUGAAGAUAUAGCCUACAGGUUUACUGGAAAUAACGUGAUGGCUUGUGCGUUUGGUCUUGAGGGAAGGUGUUUUGACGAAGAUCAUCCACUCAUUUUUCAAAUAAGAGAUAGUGUGGCUAUUAACAAUCCAACUAUAGCUGGGAUAAACAGCACCGUUGGAAUGUUGUUGCCUAAUAUAGCGAGCUUGUUUAGAAUAUCAUAUAUCGGUAAAUACUUUACCCAACAAUUUAAGGAUAUGAUUUCAGAAGCAAUAAAGACAAGGGAAAAUAUAUACAACUCAGAUUACUUAAAUUUUCUAAAAGAAGCAAAGGAAAAGUAUCAAGACCUCACCCAUUUUGGUUAUGCGUGCACGUUUUAUUUAGAUGGAUGGGGUACAAGUGCUCUUGCUUUUACAUACGCAUUAUUGGAAUUGUCAGUGAAUCGUGCGGUACAAUUAAAAGCUCAGGAAGAAAUCGAUUACAUUUUCCAACAACAUACCUCAAUCUAUUCGGAAGAAGCUCUAAAUGAAAUGGUCUAUAUUGACAAUAUCGUUUUAGAAACCGUUAGAAUGCAUCCUGUUAUAAAAUUUAUAAACCGGAAGUGUACCAAGGAUGUUGUGCUAUCUCCACCUAAGUAUCCCGGAUCAAGUGUUGUAAUUAAGAAAGGUACUCAAGUUUAUAUACCAUCAUCCGCCAUACAUCACGACAGCAAAUAUUAUGAGGAACCUUCUCGAUUUGAUCCUGAUCGUUUUAAAACAGAGCAGCUUGAUUCUCGGCCGAAAUCGUGUUAUUUGGGCUUCGGUGAUGGACCAAGGGCUUGCAUGGGUCGUAAAUUUGGGAUAACCCAACUGAAAAUGGGACUAAUUGCAAUAUUGUCUAAAUUUGAUAUUUAUUUAGACGAGAAGACCAUACUGCCGUUAGGCGAAGAUACGGACCAUAUAAGUAAAGUUCCUAAAAAUAAAGUAUGGAUCAAAUUUUGUCCAAGGAAGUAAUAACUACGUGUAGUCUUGUUUAAUUAAAAAAAGACAUAGUACUCAACUUACAAAAUGAUACUCGUUACUUAAAAGCUCAGUGCUCCAAAUUAUCUUCGAUUAAUACAUUCCAUUAAUAUACAACCAAACAGCAUGGUGAUUGUUUCAAAUUCUAACGAAUCAGAU